GGAGUCUUACGGUUUUCUAGAAAAGGAUAAUAGUAAAAUAAAACAUUGAAGCUUAAGCUCAGCCCUAGAAGGAGCAGAGUAGUUUGCAAGUGAGAAAAUCAAAUUUUCUGUAGUGACGAAAUUAGGGUCUAGGAUUGAUAUGGAACGGUUUCCAGCUUUAAUAUCAUUAUUAUUGUUAUUUAUGGCAACGGAGAUAGUGACGACUUCGGUUGAGCGCGAAAAUAAGUCAUCUUCGGCAGCGUUGAUUUGGUCCACCGCCAAAGAGGAAGGGGAUCUGAUGCACAAGGCUGGACACGCUGAUGACUCCACCGCCGCCGCCGAUGACGUUGACGGUGGAUUUUCUUCCCUCGAAGGGAUGUUGCAGUGGGCCAUAGGUCAUUCUGAUCCGGCCAAACUCAAGGAAUCUGCGCAAGAUGUUCAACGUCUUUCUCCCUCGGAGCUUAGGCAGCGUCAGUUGGAAAUAAAGGAACUGAUGGAAAAGUUAAAAAUGCCAUCAGAUGCACAGUUGAUGCAAAUUGCACUAGAUGACUUGAGCAAUUCAUCUUUGUCUUUGGAGGAUCGCCACCGUGCUUUGCAGGAGCUUUUGAUACUUGUUGAGCCAAUCGAUAAUGCAAAUGAUAUGUGUAAACUUGGUGGGCUUGGUGUGAUUAUUCGGGAGCUCGAUCACCCUGACUCAGAUGUAAGGAAAUUAUCUGCAUGGAUACUUGGGAAAGCAAGUCAAAAUAAUCCAUAUGUACAGAAGCAGGUCCUGGAACUUGGGGCAUUGGCAACAUUAAUGAAACUGGUGAAUUCUAGUUCCGCAGAUGAAGCCACUAAAGCAUUUUAUGCUGUUUCAGCCUUGAUCCGAAAUAAUGUGGCUGGUCAGCAAUUGUUCUUUGCGGAGGCAGGAGACAAGAUGCUUCAGGACAUACUGAGCAGUCUGAGCGUGGAUGCUAGGUUACGCAGGAAGGCUGUAUUUCUAGUUGGUGAUCUGGCCGAGUGCCAGUUAGAAAAUAUAGAUAAAGCUGAGAUGCCAUUUUUCAGCAAUCAAUUCUUCUUGAAGUCUGUGGUUGAUUUAACUGCAUCAAGUGACCUUGAUCUCCAGGAGAAGGCGCUUGUUGCAAUUAAGAACCUGCUGCAACUUAGAACAACGGAAGCAAUGGUUUUCAAGGAGUUUUGUAGAUUGGAUGAUGCUUUGGAGAGGAUGAAGAAGCAACUGGAGGAUUUGAUGUUGGACGAAGAUCACAGAGAAUAUGUUACAGAUGUUGAAAGCCUUCGCAAGGAAGUGGAACUCAGUUUCCAGGCCAAGUUGGGAAAUGUAAGAACGGUGCCAACAUAGAAGGCAGGAUGGUUCAUAGUCAUUUGAAAACAGAGUGGAGCAGGAGCAGGAGCAGGUAGAAAGAUGAGCUAGUUUUGUUGCAGCCCUUGCUUACCCUUUUGUAUGGUAAAAAUAUUUGGCAGAGAAAUGAAAUUCCUGCUGAUUGGGAUAGGUUGGAUUGAAAAAGAAGAAAAAGAGAGCAGGUUGCAGGAUUAAAAUGUAACAAUAGAAGUUUAUAUUACUACACUUUUUUUGGAUAAAGGUGGGGGAUAGAAGUUGUCAAAUGAUUAAAUUCAAAAUUGAUGUUAACUCAUCUCAAAGUCUUCUAUUAUAUCUGUGAUUCCUUUCCUUUCAUAUAAGAAAUUUCAAUUCAACUUUGCAA